CCAUCAACCCGUCAGCACAACCCAACGCCACCCCAACCAGCACCCUCUCAGCACAACCCAACGCCACCCCAGCCAGCGAACCGUCAGCACAACCCAACGCCACCCCAACCAGCACCCUCUCAGCACAACCCAACGCCACCCCAACCAGCACCCUCUCAGCACAACCCAACGCCACCCCACCAGCGCCUCAUGCCGUCUCGUGCCAACGCCACCCCAGCCAGCGCCCCAUGCCGUCUCGUACCAACGCCACCUCAGCCAGCGCCCAUGCCCCUCUCGUACCAACGCCCCCAGCCAGCGCCCCAUGCCGUCUCCCAGCGCCCCAUGCCCUCUCGUGCCAACGCCAUCCCAGCCAGCGCCCAUGCCUCUCGUACCAACGCCAUCCCAGCCAGCACCCCAUGCCCUCUCGUACCAACGCCACCCCAUCCAGCGCCGUCUCGUACAACGCCACCCCAACCAGCGCCCCCAUGCCCUCUCGUACCACGCCACCCCAGCCAGCGCCCCAUGCCCUCUCGUACCAACGCUCCCAGCCAGCGCCCAUGCCGUCUCGUGCCAACGCUACCCCCAGCCAGCGCCUCAUGCCCCUCUCCCAGCGCCCCAUGCCCUCUCGUACCAACCGCCACCCCAGCCAACGCCCCAUGCCGUCUCGUACAACGCCCCCCAGCCAGCGCCCCAUGCCGUCUCCCAGCGCCCCCAUGCCCCCUCGUACCAACGCCAUCCCAGCUCAGCGCCCCAUGCUGUCUCGUACCAACGCCACCCCAGCCAGCGCCCCAUGCCCUCUCGUACUAACGCCACCCCCAGCCCGCGCCCCAUGCCCUCUCCCAGCGCCCCAUGCCCUCUCGUGCCAACGCCACCCCAUCCAGCGCCGUCUCGUACCAGGCCACCCCAACCAGCGCCCAUGCCCUCUCAGACGCCACCCCAGCCAGCGCCCCAUGCCCUCUCGUACCAACGCCCCCAGCCAUCGCCCCAUGCCCUCUC